AUGGCCAUCCAGCGGGGAGUGUACGACAACGACUACGAUGCCGUAUCAGUGCUGCUACAUAACGAGGUACCAAUGCACUUAACGGACAGUACCAGACGUUUCCCACUGCACUUCGCGUGCGGGUUGGUGGCGGUGGAUGAAUUGGCGCAGAUCAGCACAACGCACUCACAUGAUAACGGAGAGUGGGCAGCGAACAGUGGUAAAGCAUCGCUCGAGGGUGGAGUGCUUUACAGUCGCCCCCAUACGAUAGCUGCUAUUGAGGGUACAGUGCUGCAAUCCCUUGACACGCAGCCACACACGCCACCAGCCGAGAAGCAAGUGCGUGUCACAUUAACCGACACAACUCGAGAUAUCAGAUCAGAUAUCACGUCAUGCAUGGAGACACAUCCAGCUGUAAGCCUGGACAUGUGCACUUGUGAGGCGGUGCAACGGGCAUCGAUUCUGCUGCAGCGGUCGGCCAGUGUAGUGCAGCUGAUGCUUAAUCGUCACACCACGCCCGAAGAUCAUGUGGCGGGCUACAAUUUGAACAGCAGAAAUAUUGAUGGUAACACCGCCUUGCAUCUGGCGGUUUGCUCAGGGUCUGCGCACGUGACACAACUACUGCUCAACAGCGGCAGCAGAUGUGAUAUCCUCAACAAGAAGGGCCAAAGCCCCGCCCAAUACGCUCUUGCACAACAUACAGCUAUGUCUGAUGAGCAUGCUGAGAAACGGAGAGGGGAUGCUUGGCCGUUGUUAGCCUACUUCAUCACUCGUUCUAUCGCGAUUUGCGACAAGUGGGAGGAAGCUGACACUCGUAGAUCGAACGCACAACCACGUAUCAGCAAAGAUUCACCGACAAUGAAUACGCCCACACACCAUGGAACUGUGGAGGUUGAUACAACUGAUCAGAAAGCGGCUGUGCUUCGAGCGCAGUUUGGGUUUGUGGCUCAUUGCGGGAACGUGAACAGUAAGAAUGUGUGCAGAGCAUACAACCAGCUGAAGGGGUGUGCACGCGAAUGGUGCAAGUUUGGUCACUUCUGUGCCACGUGUGGGGUGGGAAGUAACCAUUCAAAGCUAAAGUGUACUGCCAGCUAAGACGACUAUACAAUCAAUCACAACUGCAAAAUGCCACUCGAUAGUAAAUUUAAAUGAUGCAUGGCCAUCUGCCAUGACCACACGAUAGUAAAUUUAAAUGAUGCAUGGCCAUCUGUCAUGACCAUAAGAUAGUGAACUUUGAUGACUUGUCACAGCUGCAGUCAUUGCCAACUGAGACGAACCGGCUCUGUCAUGACCACGAUAUAGUAAAUUUAAAUGAUGCAUGG